AUGGGUGACUAUACUGAAAGGGUUAUGCAAGGAUUCAUAGAAAGCAGUAGCUUUCCGAAAACCAUUGGGGCCAUUGACGGUACCCACAUUCGAAUAGAUGCUCCAAAAGAAAAUUCUGUCGAUUACAUAAACCAUAAAGGAUUUCAUUCGAUACAGUUACAGUUGGUGUGUGAUCAUAGAACUUUGAUCACACAUUGUUAUGCUGGGCAUCCUGACUCAGUUCAUGACCAGCGAGUUUUUCGACAAUCUGAGGUAGCAAACUACUUGAAUGAUGAAGAGAAAUUUCUAGGUGACAGUCAUAUAUUGGGAGAUGCUGUAUACGAGAUUCAUCAACACUUACUGACUCCCUUCAGAGACAAUGGACACCUUACAGUGUCACAAAACAAUUAUAAUUAUCGCCAUUCAGUAGCCAGAGUGAUAAUCGAAAGAGGCAUUGGUCUGUUAAAAGGGAGAAUGAGAAGUUUAUUGCACUGUCUGCCUAUGUCAAAAGUGGACUUAAUGGCGGAAUAUGUGAUAGCAUGUUGUGUAAUUCAUAAUAUCUGUAUAUUAAGAAACGAUGAAAUCGAAGUUAUCACCAUUCCAACUCCACAAGAAUAUGAUAGAGGUCAUGCUAUUUUAUAUUUUCCUUUUUUUUAUGACGAAGGAGAAUGCCUACGCAUUCCCUGGGUCUCGGGGGUGAACCCAGGGAUAUGUGGGGCUUGCACCCACUAA